ACAACUCGUUGUUCCUGAACUGCUGAAGAACAGACAUCUUCUUCCUGGCGUUUUCUCUCUUGGAUCUGUUAAUAAUAUCUACGAUCUAGAUCCGAUUAACCAUGGCGAUGGCACCAGACGUGUUGUUCAAUCUUCGAAACAACUUCUACUUAGGAGCAUAUCAAGCCGCCAUUAACAACAGCGACAUUCCAAACCUAUCAGAAGACGAUGCAAUCGAACGCGAUUGCCUCGUGUACAGAUCCUACAUCGCCCUAGGAAGCUAUCAGCUUGUGAUUAACGAAGUGGAUUCGUCUGCGGCAACGCCUCUUCAGGCCGUGAAACUGCUCGCGUUGUAUCUCUUCAGUCCUGAUAAUAAGGAAAGCGCAAUUUCAAGUAUAAAGGAGUGGUUGGGUGAUGCAGCCAUUGGGAACAAUCCAAUACUCAGGCUUAUUGCUGGGACAAUAUUCAUGCAUGAGCAGGACUACAAUGAGGCUCUUAAAUACACAAAUGCUGGGGGGACUAUGGAACUAUACGCCUUGAACGUCCACAUUUUCCUAAAGAUGAACAGAUCAGAUUAUGCUGAGAAGCAGUUGAGAGUUAUGCAACAGAUUGAUGAGGAUCACACGCUGACUCAGCUUGCAACUGCAUGGCUUAACUUAGCUGUGGGUGGUUCGAAGAUACAGGAAGCGUAUCUCAUAUUCCAGGACUUCUCUGAGAAGUACCAGAUGACUAGUCUGAUACUUAAUGGAAAAGCUGUAUGCUGCAUGCACAUGGGCAAUUUUGAUGAAGCUGAGUCGUUUUUACUAGAAGCACUAAACAAGGAUGCAAAGGACAGAGAAACACUGGCUAAUCUGGUUGUAUGCUGUCUUCAUCUUGGGAAACCUUCUGCACGGUUUUUAAGUCAACUGAAACUGUCAGACCCAGAACACAUGCUGGUCAAACGGGGAUUAACCGCAGAAGAAAAUUUCGAUAGAGCGAUGCAAACAGUUGGUUGAGCAAUGCAAAUGACUAAUGGUACUGUUCUUUCCAGCUUUUCGAGUCUUGAUCAUUGUUUUUAGUGUUAAGGGUAUUAGUACUUGACUAUUGAAACCCUCACAUUUAGCAGAUUAUGUGUUCAGUCUAUAAUAGCGUUGUGCUUUCGACAAUCAAGUUUCUACUCAAUUUUUUUAAUUUCGACAAUCAAGUUUCUACUCAAUUUUUUAAUUAAAAACAUUAUAAGACUA